UCAAAGGCCUGGCAGGACGGUCCCGUGGGCUGUAGUUUGCCCAUCUCUGGUCUAACAAGACCCAGUGAUGGAAGUUGAAGCUGGAUACAUUGAGACUGGAAUUAAGGUGCAUGUUAUUAGCAGUGAGGGUAAUUAACCAUCAAAGCGAUUUACCAAGGGGCGUGGUGGGUUCUCCAUCACUGGCAAUUUCUAAAUCAAGGUUGGACGUUGUUCUAAAAGAUCCGCUCUAGUUCUAACAGGAAUGAUUGUGGGGAAGUUCAGUGGCCUCUGUUAUGCAGAGGUCAGGCUAGAGGAUCAUUGGCCCUUCCGGUCUUGGGAUGUAUGAAAAAUAUUCCUGAAUCAGAGCUUAAACCCUGACUAACUCUUGUUUGCAGACUGCUUAGAAAUCCUCAAGUGGAAGAGGGGGUGGAAAACAACCUACUAUUGUGGGGGUGUUGUGUCAGUCUCUUUGGAAGCAUCACCUGUUGGCCCUGCUUCAGGAGAUGGCAGCAUGAUGGAGCAGCUGCAUGUGCCCCUCGGUGCCACCGCUGUGGGUCCGGCCUUCCCCCAGGGGGAUGUCCUGGCAACCCAGUUCCUGGAGGCCGAGCUGGAGCAGAAUGUGCGUCUCAGGGAGCUCUCCUUCCUCGACCCCGUCCGCUACAUCUACAACCCUUUGGAAUACGCCUGGGAGCCCCACGAGGACUACGUGAGGAGAUAUUGCCGUUCCCCCAAAGAGGUGCUUUUCCUCGGCAUGAACCCCGGCCCCUUCGGGAUGGCACAGACCGGGGUGCCCUUUGGGGAGGUGCGCCACGUCCGGGAGUGGCUGCAGAUCCGCGGGCAGGUGUCUAAGCCAGCCCAGGAGCACCCCAAGAGACCUGUCCUGGGGCUGGAGUGCCCCCAGACAGAGGUGAGCGGUGCCCGCUUCUGGGGCCUCUUCCGCUCGCUGUGCCCUGAGCCUGAGGCCUUCUUCCGCCGCUGCUUCGUCCACAACCACUGCCCGCUGCUCUUCAUGAGCCAGAGCGGCAAGAACCUGACGCCAGCCGACCUGCCGGCUGCCCAGCGUGAGCGCCUGCUGCAGGUCUGCGACGACGGGCUGGCCCAGGCCGUGCGCCUGCUCAGUGUUGCCAUGGUGAUCGGCGUGGGCCGCUUCGCCGAGCAGCGGGCCCGCAAGGCCCUGACCUCGGCUGGCCUCCAGGUUCGGGUGGAAGGCCUGAUGCACCCCUCGCCCCGCAACCCCCUGGCCAACAGGGGCUGGGAGGCCAUUGCCAAGGCCAGGCUAGAGGAGCUGUGUGUCCUGCCCCUGCUGAUGGGCUGAGCCUGGGGCAGGGAGGGCACCCCCUGCUGAAGACACUCACUGGGUCUCAUUCAUGGCUGAUGCUCCUGGCCACCUAGGACAUACAGUUCUAUUGCCGUAGCCGCUGACUAAUGGAUAACAGGAGCCCUGUCCUGAAGGCUGGGGCUUCCUGCACCAACACUACCUCCCCAUACCACCACCUGGGAUCUUGUUAACCCACAUCUACAUCCCCCAUAGGGGACUACAGAGGGGUGGCCUUGGGUUCUGCUCUCAACUGGUGUCUGAUGGAGACAAGGACUGCAGCCUUCAGAUCCUCACGGGGUGGGGGUUUGGUUCAGGCCUGUCUUCAGUUCUGCCACCUGCUGUGGCCGGGACCAAUCCUGGUUGGAAGGGCAAGUCAGAUCCUUCCACCCCCGCCUUGUUAGAAACCAGUUUGGUUCCCAUGCCGCUCGGCCCCCUUAACACUGAGAUGAGCUGGUGGUUGACAUCAGGAGGCAGCUUGGAGUUCUGACCAAUUUACACCAGCCCAGAUCCACCCUCUGGUGUCCUGUUGUGAUGGGAUCCCUGGGGUACGACCUGGAACUGUGGGACUGCUGUGCCCCCUUAACCAUGUUUUGCCAAACCCCUCCAGGAGCUGUUAUCAUUCAGCAUCAGCAUGCAGGGACACACUCAGCUAAGUUGCAUGAAUGGUCUCCAAGCCACUCCUGAACUAUGCAGAGUGAAACACCAGCACAUCUCCCAAGCCCUCAGCCUUGUACCCCAGAAAUAUACUGUCUUACACUGCUCAAGACCUAUUCUUGAACCGUGCAAGCUCAUUAAUUAGUUUACCCCUUCGUCAAAGGAUAGGGGACAUUCACCAGCCUUUGUAAUCUGAGCAGAUUCCCCAAGCACUUUAGACAAACUCAUUGCUAAGGAUAAAAUAUUAAAAUAAAAUCUAUCUUCCUAUAGUUAAUAAACUUGCGUGAUUAUCAGUGUUUAGGCCCAGAGGUCAAAGUGGGUUACAUAAGAAAUAAAAAUAGACUUGCAGUCUAAAUUCUAACUUGAACAGACAAAGAAAGAUUUACAUCAAACAGUUUUUCUUACCCCCCUGGAUGUUGCAGGUAGGUUACAGUUCUUAAUACACAGACUGGAUCUCUCUGUCAGCCUGGGACAAGUCUCCUCAGUUCAAAGCCUUUGUCUUCCCAGCAUUCUUAUUUCUUUCAGUGUAGGUAGGGGAGGAGAGAGGACAAAUGAUGAUGUCACUGUCCCUUUUUUAAUACUUUCUUCCAGGUGCUAGAAAGAUCCUUGCUGUGACAUGGGGGUUAGGCAGCUCCCAUUGGGUAUGUGGCCUCUCUGAGGAGUCUCAGAGAUGAAUUCUUCUUGAUGGCUCCAUCAACACAUGUCUGGCUGGUCCUGAUGUAAAUCUGUCUUGUCAGUUGUUCCUUUGUUGCCGCUGAAAGGCCAGCUGUGGGCGUUUCCCACUUACCACGUAUCUCAGUUGUGAUGUUGCCCCCCGUAAUGCUUUAUGGAAAUAUGCUUAUGAAUGUAUUUGUGACAUAACAGGAAUCAGGACCAGGAUGGGAAAGAGGGGUAGCCCCGGAGACCUGCCUGGAUAUCCCCUCUAUUUUGUUUUAUUUGCCUCUCUCUGCAUCCAUGGACAUAUACCCGCAAGAGAGAACAGGAGGGGAAGCCCGUACGUGUGGAUUGCACUAUAAGUCCAAUAGCUUCCACUACUUUGCGUCUGCCGCAGAUCCCAGACAUUGUGCCUUCGAGCACGCGUCUCCCCAUCAGUGCCCAGUGCGGGACAUCCCCAUGUUGCCCAGGUAGGUGCGGGAGCCUGAAAGGAGGCCUGCCCAGCACCUCCACAGCACAGCAGGUGGAGUGGAUGACCAACAGCAGAGGGUUCUCCCAUGAGGGGCAUCUCAGUGCUAACGCGCGGCCUUUCGUCAUUAGCCAGGCGCAUUUCCAGGAGCCAUUCUGCCCCUCCUUGCCACGAGCCAGGCUCUGCCACUCUCGCUCCUCUCAGGUGGUACUUUAAAGCAGGAAUAAUCCCGCUGAGGCCACUUGGGGAGCACGGUAAGCGUCAGUAUAAAAACCUGGCCCCGUGUGGUUUACAUUGAACCUGCUUGUGGCUUUCCUGUCUCCUUGCUGAGAAUUGCUCUGUGCCAGAACUGGUCGCAGUGCGUAUGUCUACACUACACACUAAGCUUGGGUUCCGACUCAGGUUUGAGCCCAAGCCCCCACUUCUGUCCACACACAAAUCAGUCUGACCCAGGUCAACAAGCACUCAGGACCCAAGUCCUAGGACCCUGCUAGGUGGGUGGCUCAGGGCCCAAGCCCUGCUGAGACUUGGGUCCAAGCCCUGUCGUUUUGCAAUGUGGACACAGUUCAAGCCACAGACUUGAGUCAGAAGAACAUGUUAGAACGACUGUGAGAUGCGGGUCCAGCAAUUGUAAACCCAGUUUUGACACUGCAGGGUGGACUCUCUCCGAGUCCACAAGGGUAGUGAUCAAUGGCUCCAUGUCUAGAUGGCAGCCAGUAUCAAGUGGAGUGCCCCAGGGGUCAGUCCUGGGGCCGGUUUUGUUCAAUAUCUUCAUAAAUGAUCUGGAGGAUGGUGUGGAUUGCACCCUCAGCAAAUUUGCGGAUGAUACUAAACUAGGAGGAAUGGUAGAUACGGUGGCAGGUAGGGAUAGGAUACAGAGGGACCUAGACAAAUUGGAGGAUUAGGCCAAAAGAAAUCUGAUGAGGUUCAACAAGGAUAAGUGCAGGGUCCUGCACUUAGGACGGAAGAAUCCAAUGCACCGCUACAGACUAGGGAUCGAAUGGCUCGGCAGCAGUUCUGCGGAAAAGGACCUAGGGGUGACAGUGGACGAGAAGCUGGAUAUGAGUCAACAGUGUGCCCUUGUUGCCAAGAAGGCCAAUGGCAUUUUGGGAUGUAUAAGUAGGGGGAUAGCCAGCAGAUCGAGGGACGUGAUCGUCCCCCUCUAUUCGACAUUGUUGAGGCCUCAUCUGGAGUACUGUGUCCAGUUUUGGGCCCCACACUACAAGAAGGAUGUGGAAAAAUUGGAGAGAGUCCAGCGAAGGGCAACAAAAAUGAUUAGGGGUCUGGAACACAUGACUUAUGAGGAGAGGCUGAGGGAACUGGGAUUGUUUAGUCUGCAGAAGAGAAGAAUGAGGGGGGAUUUGAUAGCUGCUUUCAACUACCUGAAAGGGGGUUCCAAAGAGGAUGGUUCUAGACUAUUCUCAGUGGUAGAAGAUGACAGGACAAGGAGUAAUGGUCUCAAGUUGCAGUGGGGGAGGUUUAGGUUGGAUAUUAGGAAAAACUUUUUCACUAGGAGGGUGGUGAAACACUGGAAUGCGUUACCUAGGGAGGUGGUAGAAUCUCCUUCCUUAGAAGUUUUUAAGGUCAGGCUUGACAAAGCCCUGGCUGAGAUGAUUUAAUUGGGGAUUGGUCCUGCUUUGAGCAGGGGGUUGGACUAGAUGACCUCCUGAGGUCCCUUCCAACCCUGAUAUUCUAUGAUUCUAUGUUUCAUGCUACAUAUUCCAUGUAACGUAUCUCUGCAAAGGUUAUGAUCUACUGAAUAUAUUCAUCCUAUUUGUAUGCAUGUAUCACUUUUAUAUUCGAAGUUAUGCAUAUUGGUUGUGUACUUGUUUGAUUUUAAGUAGCCUUAGUAAGGCAUUUGGUCAGCUUCUUAAGAAAGGAAUUUGCAAGUUAAGUGCCCAAUCAAGAAACACUUAAUGGACAAUGGAACCUUGGAAGACCGCAAUCUACAUAAGAAGUCUACCUGGGGAUGUUCAAAGUAGCAUGUGAACAAUGGCUGCCACCUGUAAAGUUCUGAGUCAUGCAUAGACAUGUGACUUGCCUAUGUGACUCCAAAACUCCAGCUUGCAGCUGGAUUCUGCAUAGGAGAGAGGAGUGGGUCUCCACCCACAAGAGAGAGUCUAUUUAAGCCCCUGGGAGACCCCUCCAUUUUGUCUUCAGCUGGCUCAAGAGAGAGUCUCUUCACCCCCAAGGAUACCUGAACGAAACUGGAACAAAGGACAGUAACUACAGGGGGUGUGAGUGAUUGCUGGACCCAGACUAGAAGGAGACUAGUCUGUAAAAGAAUCUUACUGGAACAUCUCUGAAGGUGAGAUUUCAUCUGCAAUCACUUUCCUACUGUAUUAGGCUUAGACUUGCAUGUUUUAUUUUAUUUUGCGUGGUAAUUCACUUUCUUCUGUCUGUUAUUACAUGGAACCACUUAAAUCCUACUUUUUAUAUUUAAUAAAAUCACUUUUUACUUAUUUAUUAA